GUUUUAUUAAAAUAGUUUACAGGUUUCUCUCGUGGGGCAAGGUACAUUUUCUGCAUUCUUGUUCUAAACUCUGUUCAGGAAGAAACUUGACUAGGCAACAGUUCGGCUCUGCACAAUAGAAAGAAAACGGAAUUAUCCCCAACCGUUUACAAAUUAAAACGUUAGGCUGUAGACUAGACCAUUUCCAGAACAUGUCUGAAAGCAAUGAUAUCGACGAGGGCUUUUACUCGCGACAGCUGUAAGUAUAGCCUACUGUCAUGCCCAAAGCAAACUAGAAUUUGACAAUUGACAUGCAUCUAGCAAGGUUAUCAUAGUUUUGUGUUUUUCUAUUAGUUUUUAUUUCUAUUAGUUUUUCUAUUUUUAUUUGAAAUUCAGUUUAUUUUCAGUUAGUAUAAAACAUAUUUCAAUUUCGUUUUUUAUCUUAUUUGGUUUCAGUUGUAGCCCUAACCUUAGCCCUAACCUUGACCACACUGCUAACCUUAUGCCUAACCCUAACCUUAAAUUAAGACCAAAAAGCGAAUUUUUGUAGGCAAUUCUGACUUUGUGACUGUGGAAUCUGACUUUGUGGCUGUGGUGUUUUUGGGAUGUCACUUCUUGCAACUGGGGGCAGUAAUACAUAAGGUGAUGGGUAAGGUCAUAGGUUAGGUUAGGUUUACACUUUAAAGUCGAUGUGACUUGGAUUUAAAAGGAAUAGUGCAGAGACUGGGUUCCCACUGGAUAACACAGCCACAAAGUCAAAAUUGGCUACAAAAAUGAGCUUUUUAGUCAUAAUUUAAGGUUAGGGUUAGGCAUGAGGUUAGCAGUGUAGUUAAUGUUAGGGUUAAAGGGAUACUUAGGGGUUUUGGCAAUGAGGCCCAUUAUCUACUUCCCCAGGGUCAGAUAAACUUGUGGAUACCAUUUUUAUCUCUCUGUGUCCAGUAUGAAGGAAGUUAGAGGUUAGAGGUACAGCGUAGUUUCGUGAGCCAAUGCUAACUAGCAUUAGCGCAAUGACUGAAAGUCUAUGGGUAUCUGUUAAUAGAAUGGGCGGUGUUUAGCCAUAAUUAUGACUGUGGCUAAGUGAACUAGUGACGACCCUGAGAAUGGUGCAAAAAAUAUGGUGGAAGGAAACUCUCUCACCCAUGUUUACACCAAUCCAAUGCUUUUUAACUUUAGUAACUUUAGUGGCGAUUUUGUACCUGUAGUGAUAGCUAGUGAUAAUGAUGCACAGGCCUAUUUGAAACAUUACCGUCUCCAGGCAGCACUUCCCCGCCAGAUUCAGACCCGAUACCCACAUCCAAAAAGCCUGAAAACCCCAUUGAAAACCCCAUUAGAUUUUUGCUCAAAGUUUAGAAAAAAAAUGAAACGGAACAUACAUUUAGUUAGUUUUGGAGUCUAAGGUAAUAGUUUCAAUAUAGUUAACGUUUUUGAAAAGGGUUUGUUCAUUAUUUUAUUUCAGUUCACCAAAAAAAAAUCAUGAUAAUUUUUUGUUUUAGUUUCAAGUUUACUAUAAUAACCUUGGCAUCUAGUAACAGUCUUGUCUUUUGGGCACUGUGUGGCAGGUAUGUGUUGGGUCAUGAGGCGAUGCGUCGCAUGGGGACAGCUAAUGUCCUCAUCGCAGGGAUGCGGGGUCUAGGGGUGGAGAUCGCCAAGAAUGUCAUCCUCUCCGGAGUGAAAUCCGUCACUGUGCAGGAUGAGGGACUGACUGAGUGGAUGGACCUCUCCUCACAGGUAGGCUACCUAUGUCAAAGAGUAACCCUGUUAUAUUGUAAUACUGUUCAAGGGUUCAAGAAAUGAUCAAAACAUUUACAAAAAGACUGUUAAAACAAACAAAACACUGAAAGAGACUAGUAGGCCUAAGCAGGCAUUCCUGCCAAAAUGACUUGGCACAGGUGGAGUUGAUGAAUUGAGUCUGUUCUGAGGGCAGAAGGGGGUGCACCCAGUGGUGGUCGGUGCCGUUUAAAUGAGGGAAGAUUUUUUUUAUUUGUAUUUCUAUUACAGCAUAUUGGAUGACUGUCAUUCAUAUUCCAUUCACCCAGCUUAAUUUAACAUCGAUAGGUUUAGGCUACUAUACGAUACUCACAUUUUCCCUGUAUCCAUCAUGAGGUUGCUACAACCUAGCCUAUGAAUGAAAGUUUACAACGUAGGUGCACAGGUUGAGAGAAUUUUGAGUAAUCAAGGUGACAGACAGUGACACAUACAAACAGCUUGUUGUAUAAAUAAUUCCUUCUCGCAUCUAUCUACGCGUUCUCCUCCUCUCACCUUUUCCCUUCACUUUUGCACUUCAGUGCACAACACAUCAGCUGUGUUUGAGUCAACUACUCACUACAUUUUAUGCACUGCAGUGCUAGCUAGCUGUAGGUUGAUUGAUUGAUUGAAUUUAUUUGACAAUUUGUAAAAUACAUACAUAAGGGUGCUCCAGCCGGUGACGCCUCCACAUACAAUUUAAGAAAAUCAUCAAGGAUAACACAAUAAAGCUUAACAGCUUAUUUCCAUUGUGCUCCUUUUGAAGAGGGAAGGGGGAACGGGGAAUGCAACAAGGUUAGGUGGUAAUUGUAAUGGCAGCAGACAAUGACAGACAAAAUGUGUUGUUUGUUUCAUAACAUGAGAUAAUUAGUACAAUUUUCUUUCCUAAUACACAACUAUGGACAGGUACAUCUCCCUUGUCUCACAUACCCUUAAUAUAUAAAACAAUCAAUACCUAAAAUAUACAAGACAAUCACCAUAUAAUAAACAACAGGCACCAAAAGGCAGACCAUAUGCUAUCCCGGGUAUUUCCUUCUCAGGCACGUACUAUAAUCUCACUUUUGAGACAUGCUACUAUUUAGCCAUUUUUUCAUUGAGAACUUGAAACUACCUAUGGCAGUUAUAAGUUUCAAAUUCUUCUGAAGACUAUUCCAAAGAAUGGCAGCUGAGUAUAAAAAAGUGUAUUUCCCCAUACCACUUUUAAAUCUAAAAGGAACAAUGUCAGUUUCCCUCCUUCUAGUGGAAUAGUUAUGGUUAUCCCUUACUAAGUUAAAGUAGUUUCAUAGGUACCUGGGGACCAUACUGUGGACAAUCUUAUGUACAAGACACAAUUUAAUCUGAGCGACUCUCUCCUUCACUUUGAGCCAUCUAAGGCUUUCAAAGUGGGAAUAGUCAAGAUGCGUAAGUGCUGGAAGUUUAAGAAUAAUCCUGACUAAUUUGUUCUGAGAUGUCUGCAAUUUAUUUGUUAUUAUCUUGGGGGCACUAUUGUACCAGGAAGAGCAUUCAUAGUCAAUGUCGCACUGAACAAGAGCCCCUGCCAAUGUCCCCAUUGCAUUCUUAUCCAGAUAUUUGGAGGUUCUUGCCAGAAACCUAAUUUUAUGGUUCACUUUGGAGAUAACAUUUUGUGCCAUGCUCUCCCCUGUCAGAUGGUUAUCUAGCACACAUCCAAGAUACUUAACAGAGUAUUUUGCUUCGACUACUAUGUCACCUACUACCACCUUAAAAUCAGGGGAUUUCCUCAGUUUCACCUCGGACCCGAACAAGAUGGACUCUGUUUUUCCAAGGUGAAGUGACAGCUUAUUGUCAUAUAACCAUUUACUGACAUUCACAAGUUCAGCACCGAGGGCUUUCUCAACCACUUUUUUGGCUUUGUGGGAAACCAACAGUGCAGAAUCAUCUGCAUAUAGGAAAAUAGCUUAUGCUUUCAGUACUAGAUUCAUUCUCUGAUCGUUUGACUGGGUGGAGAACAUGUCAGUUCAUGCUGAAAGAGCUCUGAUAGGUUGGAGGACGUCCUCCGGAAGUUGUCAUAAUUACAGUGUAAGUCUAUGGAAGGGGGUGAGAACCAUGAGCCUCCCGGGUUUUGUAUUGAAGUCAAUGUACCCAGAUGAGGACAGAAGCUAGCUGUCACCAUGGUGCUACCCCACUGAGUGAUGCUGAGGCUACUGUAGACCUUCAUUGCAAAACAGUGUGUUUUAAUCAAUUAUUUGGUGAUGUGAAUAUAUUUAGUAUAGUUUUAUCUAAAAAGGAUAACUUUUGUAUUGUUUCACUAUUUUUAUUUUUAUGAAAUGCACUGAGGAGGAUGGUCCUCCCCUUCCUCCUAUGAGGAGCCUCCACUGGGUGCAAUUCAAUAUUAGGAAGGUGUUCCUAAUGUUUUGUACACUCAGUGUAUAGGAUCUCCUCCAUGGCCACACCUUGGAACAUACCAAUGUAGCCCACAAUCUAGGGGGACAAAUUUAUUUACAAUCAGUAAAAUUAUAUAAACUGGCGAAACACCAUAAUACAUUCACAAUAAUGUCUAAAGCAGACAUUGAUUAGGAUAAACAUUAUUUGAACAUAAACUCAGCAAAAAAAAGUAACGUCCUCUCACUGUCAACUGCAUUUAUUUUCAGCAAACUUAACAUGUGUAAAUAUUUGUAUGAACAUAACAAGAUUCAACAACUGAGACAUAAACUGAACAAGUUCCACAGACAUGUGACUAACAGAAAUGGAAUAAUGUGUCCCUGAACAAAGGGGGGGGGGGGGUCAAAAUCAAAAGCAACAGUCAGUAUCUGGUGUGGCCACCAGCUGCUUUAAGUACUGCAGUGCAUCUCCUCCUCAUGGACUGCACCAGAUUUGCCAGGUCUUGCUGUGAGAUGUUACCAAGGCACCUGCAAAUUCCCAGACAUUCCUGGGGGGAAAGGUCCCAGACGUUCUCAAUGGGAUUGAGAUCCGGUAUCUUCACUGGCCAUGGCAGAACACUGACAUUCCUGUCUUGCAGGAAAUCCCGCACAGAAUGAGCAGUAUGGCUGGUGGCAUUGUCAUGCUGGAGGGUCAUGUCAGGAUGAGCCUGCAGGAAGGGUACCACAUGAGGGAGGAGGAUGUCUUCCCUGUAACGAACAGCAUUGAGAUUGCCUGCAAUGACAACAAGCUCAGUCCGAUGUUGCUGUGACACACCGCCCCAGACCAUGACGGACCCCGCGACUCGUCAGUGAAGAGCACUUUUUGCCAGUCCUGUCUGGUCCAGCGAUGGUGGGUUUGUGCCCAUAGGCGACGUUGUUGCCGGUGAUGUCUGUUGAGGACCAGCCUUACAACAGGCCUAGAAGCCCUCAGUCCAGCCUCUCUCAGCCUAUUGCGGACAGUCUGAGCACUGAUGGAGGGAUUGUGCGUUCCUGGUGUAAGGUGGGCAGUUGUUGUUGCCAUCCUGUACCUGUCCCGCAGGUGUGAUGUUCGGAUAUACCUGUGCAGGUGUUGUUACACAUGGUCUGCCACUGCGAGGACAAUCAGCUGUCUGUCCUGUCUCCCUGUAGCGCUGUCUUAGGCGUCUCACAGUACGGACAUUGCAAUGUAUUGCCCUGGCCACAUCUGCAGUCCUCAUGCCUCCUAGCAGCAUGCCUAAGGCACGUUCACGCAGAUGAGCAGGGACCCUGGGCAUCUUUCUUUUGGUGUUUUUCAGAGUCAGUAGAAAGGCCUCUUUAGUGUCCUAAGUUUUCAUAACUGUGACCUUAAUUGUAAGCUGUUAGUGUCUUAACGACCGUUCCACAGGUGCAUGUUCAUUAUUUGUUUAUGGUUCAUUGAACAAGCAUGGGAAACAGUGUUAAAACCCUUUACAAUAAUGAUCUGUGAAGUUAUUUGGAUUUUUGCAAAUUAUCUUUGAAAGACAGGGUCCUGAAAAAGGGACGUUUCUUUAAAAAAAAUAUAUAUAUAUAUAUAUAUACAGUGGGGAAAAAAAGUAUUUAGUCAGCCACCAAUUGUGCAAGUUCUCCCACUUAAAAAGAUGAGAGAGGCCUGUCAUUUUCAUCAUAGGUACACGUCAACUAUGAUAGACAAAUUGAGAAAAAAAAUUCCAGAAAAUCCCAUUGUAGGAUUUUUAAUGAAUUUAUUUGCAAAUUAUGGUGGAAAAUAAGUAUUUGGUCACCUACAAACAAGCAAGAUUUCUGGCUCUCACAGACCUGUAACUUCUUCUUUAAGAUGCUCCUCUGUCCUCCACUCAUUACCUGUAUUAAUGGCACCUGUUUGAACUUGUUAUCAGUAUAAAAGACACCUGUCCACAACCUCAAACAGUCACACUCCAAACUCCACAAUGGCCAAGACCAAAGAGCUGUCAAAGGACACCAAAAACAAAAUUGUAGACCUGCACCAGGCUGGGAAGACUGAAUCUGCAAUAGGUAAGCAGCUUGGUUUGAAGAAAUCAACUGUGGGAGCAAUUAUUAGGAAAUGGAAGACAUACAAGACCACUGAUAAUCUCCCUCGAUCUGGGGCUCCACGCAAGAUCUCACCCCGUGGGGUCAAAAUGAUCACAAGAACGGUGAGCAAAAAUCCCAGAACCACACGGGGGGACCUAGUGAAUGACCUGCAGAGAGCUGGGACCAAAGUAACAAAGCCUACCAUCAGUAACACACUACGCCGCCAGGGACUCAAAUCCUGCAGUGCGAGACGUGUCCCCCUGCUUAAGCCAGUACAUGUCCAGGCCCGUCUGAAGUGCAUUUGGAUGAUCCAGAAGAGGAUUGGGAGAAUGUCAUAUGGUCAGAUGAAACCAAAAUAUAACUUUUUGGUAAAAACUCAACUCGUCAUGUUUGGAGGACAAAGAAUGCUGAGUUGCAUCCAAAGAACACCAUACCUACUGUGAAGCAUGGGGUUGGAAACAUCAUGCUUUGGGGCUGUUUUUCUGCAAAGGGACCAGGACGACUGAUCCAUGUAAAGGAAAGAAUGAAUGGGGCCAUGUAUUGUGAGAUUUUGAGUGAAACCCUCCUUCCAUCAGCAAGGGCAUUGAAGAUGAAACGUGGCUGGGUCUUUCAGCAUGACAAUGAUCCCAAACACACCGCCCGGGCAACGAAGGAGUGGCUUCGUAAGAAGCAUUUAAAGGUCCUGGAGUGGCCUAGCCAGUCUCCAGAUCUCAACCCCAUAGAAAAUCUUUGGAGGGAGUUGAAAGUCUGUGUUGCCCAGCGACAGCCCCAAAACAUCACUGCUCUAGAGGAGAUCUGCAUGGAGGAAUGGGCCAAAAUAGCCGCAACAAUGUGUGAAAACCUUGUGAAGACUUACAGAAAACGUUUGACCUGUGUCAUUGCCAACAAAGGGUAUAUAACAAAGUAUUGAGAAAUGUUUGUUAUUGACCAAAUACUUAUUUUCCACCAUCAUAUGCCAAUAAAUUCAUAAAAAAUCCUACAAUGUGAUUUUCUGGAUUUUUUUUCCUCAUUUUGUCUGUCAAAGUUGACGUGUACCUAUGAUGAAAAUUACAGGCCUCUCUCAUCUUUUUAAGUGGGAGAACUUGCACAAUUGGUGGCUGACUAAAUACUUUUUUUCCCCACUGUAUAUAUAUAUAUAUAUAUAUAUAUAUGCAAAAACCUACAGUGUCGAAUAGAAAUGAAGUGAUUGAAGUGUUUCCAAUACCCAUUCAAUUGGCAACAGCCUGUAUGCCCUCCCACCUAUCUGUUUCACGGAUCGAAUGCAAGAAUCUACUCAUAUUUGCCAAAUUCUAAGAAUUCUCAUGUGCCAUGGUGAAAUUUGCACUCUUGUAGAUCUGAAAUAAUUGGAUGGUGAAACUUGCAUCCAGCCAACCAGAAGGGGAAGCAAGGCGAAGCAAUUCAUGCAUGGUUACAUUAAGACAUCAUGGCGCUAGCGCAAGAUAUAGGUCCUGAACAGCUAAUCAUGGCUACACGGACUAUUUGCACUGCCCCCCAACCCCACCCCAUCCCCCUCUUUUACGCUGCUGCUACUCUGUUUAUUAUUUAUGCAUUUAACUCUACCCACAUGUACUUAUUACCUCAAAUACCUCGACUAGCUGGUGCCCCCACACAUUGACUCUGUACCGGUACCCCCCUGUAUAUAGCCUCCCUACUGUUAUUUUAUUUUACUGCUGCUCAUUAGUUAUUUGCUUUUUUUUUUUUUUAUUAACACUUUUUUUUUUUUUUUACUGCAUUGUUGGUUAAGGGCUUGUAAGUAAGCAUUUCACUGUAAUGUCUACACCUGUUGUAUUCGGCACAUGUGGCAAAUAACAUUUGAUUUGAUUUGUGGUCAGAAAAGCAGCCUUUAUGGAAUGGCAACAAAGGAGCUGAUUGGCUGACACUGCCAUUCCAAAACGGCUGCUGUGGCUACUGCUAGCUAGCAUGAGGACGAAAAGGGCAGUUUCCCAGGAUAAAUUGAAAUAUUUCAAUCUUCUCAAUGUAUCAGUGUGGAUAAAGGUAACAUUUGGAGUACAGUGGCAUAUCCCAUCCCUGCAUUGAGGUACGUUUUCCAACCCAUAUCUUGUGCCGGCUCCACAGUGUCUUAAUGUAACCAUGAUUGCCUUCCGACCCCAGUGCAUCUCAGUGUAAACAAGUGCAACGGUAGGGUCAGUAUCUUCUGGCAAGGCAUUAUUGAAUAUCAGGACAAUCCUUGUCCUGCAAAUAAACAUUCUUUUUAUAGUUGACAUUUUUUAUUUUGCAAGCAGUAGUCAUUAAGAAUUAGCAUAAAUGUGGAUUGGAGCAUUAUAGUUACGUGAUGACAUCACGUGCCCCGCAUACUUUCAAAAUUAUUUGCAAAUCAUUAUUAAUUUAUUUGUUAAAACAGUUUCCAUCAUCAUUUGUCGCAAUAAAGUUAGACAAAAGAAAAAUCCAUAAAAAUGUCUCCUAUAUCUGCCGCUUUUGUCGAAUCAACCUAAGUCAAUAGAAACCUGCCUAAUGAUCAGUGUUGCCAACUUAGCGACUUUGUCGCUAUAUUUAGUGAGUUUUCAGACCCCUCUAGCGACACAUUUUCAAAAAAAGCGACUAGCAACAAAUCUAGCGACUUUUUCUGGUGUUAUUGGAGACUCUGACGUGAAAGCACGUAUCGUUCUUACUCUUCUCAACGAGCAGCUGGUGCUUUGUUACCCCCGUCCCAAAGCACUCACAGGCGGCCCAGUCCUCGUGCAGCAGUCCCUCCCAGCUGCAGUCCCUCCCAGCUGCAGUCAGAGCAGGAGAUGUUCACCCCUCCGCGUCCAGACUGCAAAUGAAUCGCGCAUGCGGGAAGCCGCCGCUGGCUGAUCCCGCCCUGACUUACAUUCAGGGUGGGAUGUAAAUGUAGGGUGUUUUUUACUCACUUUUUGUCUCUCCCACGACGUUAUUCCUCUCUCCUAAAGCGCCCAUCACAAUUACAUGCACAUGGCAAAUUAUGCAAAUUAUGUGAUGACGUCAUUUAGUGACUUUUAGGACAGCCAAUAGCUACUUUCCUUACAGAGGAGUUGGCUACACUGCUAAUGAUUCAUACUUAAUUUGAAGAUGGAACAUGGACAGUAAAAUGUGUGCAACUAUUUAGAGGGAGCAAUCCACGUUAGGCUGUCUCCAUCACACUGCCAUCUCUGUAACUUUUUAGCACCUGAUAUUACAGGGAGGAAAUAGGAAUACAGGGGCGUAUAACAUUCUGAAAAUGUUAACUCAGAUCAGAUGUUAUUUUGUCGAACUACUCCUGAACCCCAAUGUUUCCCCUCCAGUUUUUCCUGCUACCGUCUCACCUUGGUCAGAACCGAGCCCUGAGUUCCCAACCUCAGCUGUCUGCCCUUAACCCCCAUGUCCAUGUGUCUGCCCAAACUGGGCCACUGAAGGAGUCCCUGCUGCAACAAUUCCAGGUAGGGCUGAACCCUGAAUCCUGCCUUGAGUUUACCCACUCUCUCUCUUGACUAGCCAUACAGGGUACAGAUAGGGUUGCAAAAAUCUGGUAACGUUCGCAAAAUUCCCUGGUUUUCCAGAAAACCCGGUUGGAAGAUUGCCGGAUCAGGAGGGAAUAGGCAGGAAAUCCCGGAAUCUCCAAACAGGAUUUCUGGAAAACCUGGGAAUUUUCAGGAAACUGACCAGAUUUUUUCAACCCUAGGUACAGCAGUAACAUUAAAGGUGAGAACUUAUCUUAUUUGUUUUCCCAGGUGGUGGUGCUGACUGACUCCUCUCUGGAUGACCAGCAGCGUUUUGGGACGUUUUGUCAUUCAAAUGGUAUCAAGUUAAUUGUGGCUGAUACCAAAGGACUUUGUGGGUGAGGAGGGUGACACACCAUCUCUACUUUAACCAAUAAUAACCUCUCCUAUAAGAGUCCUCCUCCAUAGUAGAUAUGAGUGAUGCAUAGCUGUUUCAGUUCCCCAAUGGUUAUUUUUUUAAUUCUAUUGCAGUCAGUUAUUCUGUGACUUUGGGGAGGAGUUUGAGGUCUUGGACACUGAUGGGGAGACACCUGGAUCAGCCAUGAUAGAUCAUAUCACCAAGGUAUUUAAUGCUUUCCUUAACUAUUGAAGAUGGUGGCAUUUGCAUGUUAUACCUGUGCAUACAGUAUGUCAGUGGACAACAUCAUAGAGCAAAGAAACACUAUUAUACAUUCUUCUCUCGCAUCUGUAGGCUGAUCCUGGAGUGGUCACGUGCAUUGAACAGAGGCAUGGCUUUGUAAAUGGCAGCAGUGUGUCCCUCUCUGAAGUGUAUGGCAUGACAGAGCUCAAUAGCUAUGGACCAGUGGACAUCAAAUUCCUGAGUGAGUUCUUAUUCACAGGGGAAAAACAUCCGAAAUGUUUAGAACAAGAAUGCAGAAAAUGUACUUUGCCCCAUAAGUGCCACCUGUAAAACUUGUUUAGUAUAAAGAUACUUCCACUUUCGUUUCUCUAGAAAUUACAUCUCCUUUUUUAAUAUUAUAUAAUUGUUGAAAUAUGAGGCAUAUCUAAGCUACUUUAAAUAUGUUUUUAAAUACAUGACAGGAAAUGGCAUGACAGUGGUGGUGAUGACAUUUAAUAUGGACAAAAUGUAAAUUAAUAUGAUGAUUCAUACACUAUGAUGUGUGUGUAAAUUGUGACAUGUUCUUUCAUUGCCAGGCCCUGAUUCCUUCAGUAUUUGUGACACCUCAAGCUUUUCUGAGUAUGAGAAAGGCGGUGUAGCAACUGAGGUCAAAAAGUCUAAAAUACUAACAUUUGUAAGUAUUAUUGCAUAAUUUUAUCAAAUGAAUUAUGUUCGGCUAGGCAUUAAUCUAUCCCAAGAAUAAUAUUCGGAUAUUUGCUGUAUCAUAUGGAAAGCCAACCUUAACCAAUAUGGCUUUCAAUGACAUUGCACUCAGUUCACUAUGCUUACUUUAUGCCUAUACUUGCCGUACUUGUUACAGAAACCCCUGGACGAGGCCUUGGUUGACCCUGAGUUACUAGUAAUGACUGACUAUGGGAAGAUGAGGAAGCACCAGACACUGCACCUGGCCUUCCAAGCCCUGCAUGGCUUUGUGAAGAGAGUGGGACGACUGCCUAAGCCCAGGUCCCAGGUCAGUGACAGACAAUACAAAAUAACAUUACUUUUUCUGGUAUGGAACAUUCAUGUAUUGGUAGAAGAAAUCUUAUGACAUCAUAAUGUAUUUGCCUGUCUCACCACAUUUUGUGAUGUUCAGUAGGCUAAGAAAGCAUCUUUAGAAUCUGUGAAAUAUAUUUGAACCAGUAGCUCAAGUUGGAUAGAAUCCCUAAAGAAACUGGUCAUGCUCUGUCUUACUAUGGAGCCGGCUGCCCAUCCAUCCCCUACAGUCGGAUGCUGAGCAACUGGUAGCCAUGGUGACAAAGAUGAAUAUGGUGUCCCAGCUGGAUGAGUUAGAUGAAGGUGUGGUGCAGAGUCUGUCCUUCACUGCCUGUGGUGACCUGGCCCCUGUUAACGCCUUCAUCGGAGGGCUGGCCGCCCAAGAAGUCAUGAAGGUGAGGUCAACAGUCAUAGGUAUUCAACACAUUUAGGCACUAAAGAAAUAUGAAGGGCUUGCAGUCCCAAUAAUUCAAAGCUGCCCUAUGAUCUCCUAGGCAAGCCCCUCGGUAGAAUAAUGCAUUUAUAACACCUUUACAAGCAGACUGCUACGGUUUCUGUACUCCUGAAAGCACUGCCAGGGAUAGUGAAGUGCCUGUGAUGUGUUGUAUGGUUCAUACUGUUGAUAUGUUUGCCUGUGUGACUGAUGUUCAUAUUUGGCGUCCCUAUAGGCUUGCACUGGGAAGUUCACCCCUCUUCAGCAGUGGCUAUACUUUGAUGCACUGGAGUGCCUUCCUGAGGACAACGGUGGAGAGGGAGAGCAACUGACAGAGAGCACAUGUUCACCAGUAAGAUUUGAAUACAUAAUAUAAUAUAUUAAAAUAUGAAUAUCAGCAAAUAUAUAUUAAAAUAAACUAAUAUAUAAUAUCAGCCAAUAGCUAGCUAUCGAUAACUAUCCACCCCCCCAUAAAGAAUCAUUCAUGUAGCCUUAGGAAGCCAUGUUUUAUUUGUCAGGAAAAUUAUCCAUUGGCAUGUGUUGGUGGAUAUUUUUUCCCUGCCUGGCUGCACUCACCACUGCUCUACUGUCUCUGUUGCAGAGAGGCUCCCGGUAUGACGGGCAGACUGCUGUGUUUGGAUCAGGCUUCCAGGAGAGGCUUGGUGAACAGAAGUAUUUCCUUGUGAGAAGUAGUUCCUUGUCUUCUCAUCUCUCACCAGCAGGGGGUGCCCUCUGCAUGGCCAAACAGGCCGCAGCGUCAUUCUUUCCCUCUGGUCACGCCUGCUAGUGUUGAUAAUGACACAUGCAGGAAACGGCUGUUAUUCAGGUGGCAUUUCCUGUUAGCGUUUGGUCCUGCCAAGCCCUCACUCACCAGGCUUCCUUUGCAAGUGUUAUGCUAGCUUUUAUUUGUUUGUGUGUGUGCGUGUGAGUUUGUGCAUGUGUUAUUGCACUCUCACCAGUUCUGUUUCCACCAGAGAGUGUUGGAUUGAAAGUCUCAAUACCCUCUGAUAUGCAAAAAAUGGCAUGGCAUAUACUAUGACAAAUGUGUUGAUGAAGUGAUAUUUAUACAGUAGAUGAAUGCAGCUUGGGGUGAAUUGAUUUGUUCUAUUUUAUUUGUUUUCUAACAUGUCUUCUGUCAUAAUGUGUCAUUAGGUUGGGGCUGGCGCUAUAGGUUGUGAACUUCUCAAGAAUUUUGCUCUGAUUGGCCUGGGUGCCGGAGAGGGUGGGCACAUCACUGUGACCGACAUGGACUCCAUAGAGAGGUCCAAUCUAAACCGACAAUUUCUCUUCAGGUCUCAAGAUAUUGGGGUAAGAGAGAAGCAAUUCUAAAGACAAACACAAUUCUCAAAAUGCUUACUAGAUAUUGAAAUUCACAGAUGCCUUUUAUGUUGUAGAAUUAUUUUUAUUCAUUUUCAACACAUUUUCCUUUUUAAGAUGGAACUGAUCAUUUAUUUGUGACAAAGUCAUUAUUAAUGACAAAUGCAGUGAAGGAGAGACAGAAAGUAUAAUUUAUAUUGAGUGUGUUUCUCUGUUAAUCAUGAAAACAAGUUUGUACAGAUUUGCUAACAUUUAAGUCAUCCAGAGCGACUUACAGGAGCAAUUAGGGUUAAGUGCCUUGCUCAAGGGCACAUCAACAGAUUUUUCACCUAGUCAGCUCUGGGUUUAGAACCAGCGACCUUUCGGUUACUGGCACAACGCUCUUAACCACUAAGCUACCUGCCGCCCCAGCUGCAACCAUACAAAAGAGAAAUAGAUAUUAAUCUGACUCACAGGCAAGAGAUCACAGUUUUCUAGAACAUACAGAGGGAAACCUUGCACUACAGGUUACAUCAUCCCAGCGUUUUUCAGCUCCAAAAUUAAACCACAAACAGUCUUGGUUGCCUUGGUAGUUGUCCAGCUGUCCUUUGCUCCAGUUGGUAAACUCAAAUCUGGACCCAUCACUCCAGAGCCAUAUGCCUUCCUGAGCAAGAUCAUAACCUCCAAUCCAGGUGCGAGGAAAUCCCCCAGUUUGUAUCAUCACCAUCUCCUGUAUGAAAUGUUAUUCUGCUGUGCUGUGGACGGAUGCCAGGUUGGCUCCCUGAUACACACAGAACUGCUCAGACUCGGCCCAUGUCCUUUCAGUGCUGAUGUACCUGAAGCAGCGGGAUCCGUAUUUGGAACAGCCAGAGGGACAUCCGCUCCUGCCAUCUGUCCCCUCCACCCUCUCCCCUGUUCCCUGAAAAGCCUCCAGAUACAAGCCCUGCUCUCCAUCCAUCUCUACUGAGGGCUCCAGAGUUUCCAGGUCAUUCACAUCAGCCGGAUCCUGAACAGAAUACAUUUCCUCAAACAUCUGGAGACCUGGGCUCUGUUCAGUGCUGUUACUCUCACCACCCAUCUCCUGCAUAUGAGGAAUACAUUCACCAUUGAUCUCCGGUAUGGGUUCAAAAGCAGGGAGCUGGUCCAGGUUGGCCUCCAUCAAGGACUUUGUAUCGCCCAGUGCAAAGGCACCACUUAGAAGCAGAAGGUUGGUCAUUAUCGCCAUAGUUACAGUUUCCUGAUAGAGUGUUUCACAGGUAGUUUCUGUAGGUUCUGUUCAGAUGGAGAAAGAGGAACACUUUUUUACAGGUAGGAAACAACUGCCAAUUCCCAACAAUUAUUAACUACUUAUCCUGAUAAGUUUCUCAACAAUUGUUAACUAUAUGUGCAGUAGUUAUCCUGAUACGUUUCUUACAGAUUCCCUUAAUAAUUGAUAAAUGCACAAAACGACAAGUUUAUAUCUUACUUCCUGUUCAUAUCACGUUUGACACCAUCAUCCAUAAACAGGAGGAUAUAUUGCAGAUGGUUCUAUUAUGUUUCAGUUUUUUCAUUCUGCCAGACGUGAUGUGAGCUGGCAUUUGCCCCAGCACUUUUCAAUCACUUUUGAUCAAGUUAACCAAAACAUAUUGACACAAAAGCGUUGAAAAGAGGGACAAACUACUGUUUUUUAGACAUACAUGUCUCAUGAUUAGUCAACUCGCUCACAAGUAAUCUGUGCUUCACAUCGGGGUGCUACAGGUGAUGUGUGUGUGUGUGUCUUGAUCAAUCACAUUCACAAAACAACAUGUUUAUCUACUUCCAGUUCAUAUCACAUUUUCAUUAUCAUCCAUAAACAGGGAUAUAUUGCUGAUUGGGCAGGUUGUAAAGCGUGAUCCUAUUAUAUUUAGUUUUUUCUGCCCAGUCAGCCAAGUCAAGACGAAUUAAAUGAGAAAAACACACACACGCAUGCACACACUCACACUCACAUCCAACCUUACACACCCCCAAUGGUGAAAACGCACAUUUCUAUCUGCGCUGAAUCUGAACAUAGUUAGGACAUAUUGUGCUUAGGAAAAAUUGUGACCAGCAAACUUUUGAUAUAACUAAAUGGCUGUGAGCCAAACCUAAUGUAUGUAACCGUAUGCCACAGUCAUGGUGAUUUAGGUGUCCUUUCCACUGCAUUUGAAUGUGGCCGAGUGCUUGCCAUUGGCUUUCUUACCAUCUUCCAGAUGUCUCUCAGAAGUAGAAAUAUACAUGAUACUUCUGUAUCAGACCCAUCUAUGAUGAGUUAAUGUAUAUCCCGAUUUCCUUUGCCGCUUGUGUAAAUAUUUGGGUUUCCCUUCCCCUCAGUUUUCUCUACUUUCUUUGUCACCUACAGUCCCAGUUCCCACCAUUGCCACUAAUUUUCUCGCUUUCUGCCUUCAGUGUUUUAUUGUUUUAGUGUUUCUGUGUUUUAGUGUUUCUGUGUUUUAGUGUUUUAGUGUUUCUGUGUUUUAGUGUUUCUGUGUUUUAGUGUUUCUAUGUUUUAGUGUUUCUGUGUUUUAGUGUUUCUGUGUUUUAGUGUUUCUAUGUUUUAGUGUUUCUAUGUUUUUGUGUUUCUGUGUUUUUGUGUUUCUAUGUUUUAGUGUUUCUAUGUUUUAGUGUUUCUGUGUUUUAGUGUUUCUGUGUUUUAGUGUUUCUGUGUUUUAAUGUUUUAGUGUUUCUGUGUUUUAGUGUUUCUGUGUUUUAAUGUUUUAGUGUUUCUGUGUUUUAAUGUUUUAGUGUUUCUGUGUUUUAAUGUUUCAGUGUUUUAGUGUUUCUGUGUUUUAGUGUUUCUAUGUUUUAGUGUUUUAGUGUUUCUGUGUUUUAGUGUUUCUGUGUUUUAGUGUUUCUAUGUUUUAGUGUUUUAAUGUUUUAGUGUUUUAGUGUUUCAGUGUUUUAGUGUUUCUGUGUUUUAGUGUUUCUGUGUUUUAGUGUUUCUAUGUUUUAGUGUUUCUGUGUUUUAGUGUUUCUGUGUUUUAGUGUUUCUAUGUUUUAGUGUUUCUGUGUUUUAGUGUUUAUGUGUUUCCUCUUCAGGUUACUCUUUGUAUUCCACCUAUACUUUGAGUAAGUCAUGGGGGAAAGAGGGGAAGUUAAUCAAGAGAGACUGAUUUCCCCUUCACUCACCGACCUCCUCCUCUUCCUCUCCUUUCACAGAGACAGAAGUCGGAGGUAGCAGCCCAGGCGGUCAGGGUCAUGAACCCCAACAUGAACAUCACAGCCCACCAGAACCGCCUGGACCCAGACAGUGAGCAGGUCUAUGGGCACAAUUUCUUCAUGGGCCUGGAUGGAGUGGCUGCAGCUCUGGACAACGUGGAAGCCAGUCAGUACAUUUACAUUUACAUUUACAUCAUUUAUCAGACAAAAUGGAAAGAGAGCCUGUGACGCGGCUUCCUCUUUUGGAGGUUAACAGGGCGACAAAAUUAAUGAGAAAAACACACACACACCUUAACCCCUCCUCCACAUUUACUGGAUUGGUUGAACAGUGCAGAAGAGAACCUCCCCCGACAGUUUUUUUCUUCUGGUGAAGACCAGUAUGUAUGGGAUCUAUACUGAACAAAAAUAUAAACGCAACAUGUAAAUUGUUGGUCCCAUGUUUCAUGAGCUGAAAUAAAAGAUCCCAGAAAUGUUUCAUAGGUACAAAAAGCUUAUUUCUCUCAAAUGUUGUGCACAAAUUUGUUUACAUCCCUGUUAGUGAGCAUUUCUCCUUUGCCAAGAUAAUCCAUCCACCUGACCUGUGUGGCAUAUCAAGAAGCUGAUUAAACAGCAUGAUCAUUACACAGGUGCACCUUGUGCUGGGAACAAUAAAAGGCCACUCUAAAAUGUUUUGAGAGAGCGUGCAAUUGGCAUGCUGACUGCAGGAAUGUCCACCAGAGCUGUUGCCAGAGAAUUGAAUGUUCAUUUCUCUACCAUAAGCUGUUUCCAACGUCGUUUUAGAGAAUUUGGCAGUACGUCCAACGGGCCUCACAACCGCAGACCACGUGUAACCACACCAGCCCAGGACCUCCACAUCCGGCUUCUUCACCUGCGGGUUCAUCUGAGACCAGCCACCAGACUGCUGAUGAAACUGGGUUUGCACAACCAAAGAAUUUCUGCACAAACUGUCAGAAACCGUCUUAGGGAAGCUCAUCUGCGUACUCGUAAUCCUCACCAGUCUUGACCUGACUGCAGUUCGGCGUCGUAACCAACUUCAGUGGGAAAAUGCUCACCUUCGAUGACCACUGGCACACUGGAGAAGUGUCCUCUUCACGGAUUAAUCAUGGUUUCAACUGUACCGAGCAGAUGGUAGACAGCGUGUAUGGCGUCGUGUGGGCGAGCGGUUUGCUGAUGUCAAUGUUGUGAACAGAGCGCAGUGGCAGUGGGGUUAGGGUACUGGGCAGGCAUUAAGUAACGGAUAACGAACACAAUUUCAUUUUAUCGAUGGCAAUUUGAAUGCACAGAGAGCAUGUUUGGGAUGCUCUGGAUCAACAUGUACGACAGCGUGUUCCAGUUCCCGCCAAUAUACUUGAAUAUACCAUUGAAGAGGAGUGGUAAACAUUCCACAGGCCACAAUCAACAGCCUGAUGCGAAGGAGAUGUGUCGCGCUGCACGAGACAAAUGGUGGUCACACCAGAUACUGACUGGUUUUCUGAUCCACGCCCCUACCUUUUUUUAAGGUAUCUGUGACCAACAGAUGCAUAUCUGUAUUCCCAGUCAUGUGAAAUCCAUAGAUUAGGGCCUAAUGAAUUUAUUUCAAUUGACUUUUCCUUAAAUGAACUGUAACUCAGUAAAAGCUUUGAAAUUGUUGCAUGUUGCGUUUAUAUUUUUGUUCAGUUUAGUUUCAGGCGUUUCUUUUACGCCUGCUACGUUAGGUUAUUAUGUAACUGAUCCUGUAGAUAGCUGCUGGCUCAGAGGGAUUGUGGAACGCAUGGGGGGGGGGGGGGGGGGGGCAGACAGACAGACAACAUAGUAUUUUAGGGAAUAACAAAAUACAUGUAAAGCGAUUUACGAAAUACAUUUAUGUGCUCUGUGACUUUUAGAUGUUCCUGUUGUUUUCCUAUUUUUUUCCUAUUUCUGUACUAUUUCUGUGUGUGUGUGUGUGUGUGUGUGCACUACAGGAGUGUACCUGGAUGGCCGCUGUGUCCAGCACAAGAGAGCCAUGCUGGAGGGGGGUACCCUGGGUAGUAAGGGCCAUACUCUAGUGGUAGUUCCCCACCUGACUGAGUCCUAUGGACUGGCCGAGACAGGCUCCCAGAAUGCCAUCCCACUGUGCACCCUGAAGAACUUCCCUCACCGCAUAGAGCACACCCUGCAGGUGAGGCAUGGAACCACAGUCUGAUUGUAUGUGUUUUGGACUGCAUCCCUGUAGCCUAGCAUCAUCUCAGCAACUUAGCAUUGUCCUAUCAACCUGCUGUAGCAUCAUUCUAGAAUCUUAGCAUCAUUCUAGAAUCCUAGCAUCAUUCUAGAAUCCUAGCAUAUUAAAGGAGUUUAGGCCAUGGCAGUCCUCUACCCCACGUGCUGCCAUCCAUCCACGUUACGUUUAACACACUUUAAACACGGCUGCUCUCUGACUGACUAACUGACUGACUGGCUGGCUGGCUGGCUGACUGGCACGGGGCUGGCAAGCUAUCCAGAGCAUAACCUUACAACGCUAACCUUAUGUCAACAUACCCCAAACGUUUUGUCCCAACGCUGACUAAACUUAGGUUUGACCUCCAUCUCCAUCCAUACAGUACAGUACUAACUCCUAACUCCUAACUCCUAACUCCUAAAUCAGUCCAUCCAUCCAUACUCCACUUAUCUCUUAAUCCCUCACACACACGACUCAUCUAAAAUGCAAAGCUUUUUACACUCUUAACUCUCAAACUUGUCCCAGAAUGGAUAAGCCUUUUGAGGGUGAUUGAGACCAUGCCUAAAUGAAAAGGGUGCAUCAGACUGGUUAAAAUGAAAACCACAUUAAAUCAGACCUAGCAUGUGUCCCUGUCAUGUCUUUGCAGUGGGCCAGAGACCAGUUUGAGGGCCUCUAUAAGCAAGCAGCUGAAAACGUCAAUCUGUACUUGAGGUAAGUCUAUCUUCUUUCGUAACAUACUCAAUCAGUUGCAAUCACGCAAACACGAUGAGCAGAAAUUGAAUCUUUAAAUUCCAAAGAGUGCUGUAUUUCACAGAAACUUUCAGCUUAUGCUACUAGUCAUAGGUCAAUCAUCCAGCCUACCGCAAUUCCAUUUUGAUGCCUCAGUCUCCCCUCAUACAAACAGUGCCUUCAGAAAGUAUUCACACCCCUUGACUUUUUCCACAUUUUGUUGUGUACAGCCUGAAUUUAAAAUUGAUUAAAUAUAGUUUUUUUUGUCACUGGCCUACACACAAUAACCCAUGAUGUAAAAGUGGAGUUAUGUUUUUAGAAAUGUAAAGCUGAAAUGUCUUCAGUCAAUGUCCUGAGUGGCGCAGUGGUCUAAGGCACUGCAUCGCAGUGCUAGUUGUGCCACUAGAGAUCCUGGUUUGAAUCCAGGCUCUGUCGUAGCCGGCCGUGACCGGGAGACCCAUGGGGCGGCGCACAAUUCGUCCAGGGUAGGGGAGGGAAUGGCCGGCAGGGAUGUAGCUCAGUUGGUAGAGCAUGGCGUUUGCAACGCCAGGGUUGUGGGUUCGUUUCCCACAGGGGGCCAGUAUGAAAAAAAAUAAUAACAAAAAUAACACAAAAUUAUGUAUGCACUCACUAACUGUAAGUCGCUCUGGAUAAGACCGUCUGCUAAAUGACUAAAAUGUAAAAUAAGUAUUCAACUGCUUUUUUAUGGCAAGCCUAAAUAAGUUCAGGAGUAAAAAUCUGCCUAACAAGCCACAUAAUAAGUUGCAUGGACUCACUCUGUGUGCAAUAAUAUUGUUUAACAUAAUGGCUACCUCAUCUCUAUACCCCACAUAUUAUCUGUAACGUCCCUCAGUCAAGCAGUGAAUUUCAAACGCAUGUUCAACCACAAAGACCAGGGAAAUUUUCCAAUGCCUCGCAAAGAAUGGCACCUGUUGGUAGAUAUGUUAAAAAAAAGAAACAGACAUUAAAUAUCUCUUUGAGCAUGGAGAAGUUAUUAAUUACACUUUGGAUGGUGUAUCAAUACACCCAGUCACUACAAAGAUGCAAGCGUCCUUCCUAACUCAGUUGCCUGAGUGGAAGGAAACUGCUUAGGGAUUUCACCAUGAGGCCAAUGGUGACUUUAAAACAGUUACAGAGUUUAAGUGCUGUAUAUAGCCUCGCUAUUGUUAUUUUUACUGCUGCUCUUUAAUUAUUUGUUACUUUUAUUUCGUAUUAUUUUAUAUUGUAUUUUUUAUUGUUUCUUUUUUUGGUAUUCUUUCUUAAAACUGCAUUGUUGGUUAAGGGCUUGUAAUUAAGCAUUUCACUGUAAGGUCUACAUCUGUUGUAUUCGGCGCAUGUGACAAAUACAAUUUGAUUUGAUUUGAUGUGAUUUUUUCAAGCGUAGUGGUGGCUGCAUCAUGUUAUGGGUAUGCUUGUAAUCGUUAAGGACUGGGGAGUUUUUCAGGAUAAAAAAGAAAGGGAAUGGAGCUAAGCACAGGCAAAUUCCUAGAGGAAAACCUGGUUCAGUCUGCUUUCCACCAGACACUGGGAGAUGAAUUCACCUUUCAGCAGGACAAUAACCUAAAACACAAGGCCAAAUCUACUCUGGAGUUGCUUACUAAGAAGACAGGGAAUGUUCCUGAGUGGCCGAGUUACAGUUUUGACUUAAAUCUACUUGAUAAUUUAUGUACUCCCGAGUGGCGCAGUGGUCUAAGGCACUGCAUCGCAGUGCUAGCUGUGCCACUAGAGAUCCUGGUUCGAAUCCAGGCUCUGUUGUAGCCGGCCGCGACCGGGAGACCCAUGGGGCGGCGCACAAUUGGCCCAGCGUCGUCCAGGGUAGGGGAGGGAAUGGCCGGCAGGGGAUGUAGCUCAGUUGGUAGAGCAUGGCGUUUGCAACGCCAGGGUUGUGGGUUUGAUAAAAUAAUGUAUGCGCUAACUGUAAGUCGCUCUGGAUAAGAGCGUCUGCUAAAUGACUAAAAUGUAAAUGUCAAGAUCUGAAAAUGGUUGAAGAAUUUUCAAAAGAAUAAUGGGCAAAUGUUGCACAAUCCAGGUGUGUAAAGCUCUUAAAGACUUACCCAGAAAGACUCACAGCUGUAAGUGCUGCCAAAUAUACUUCUACAAAGUAUUGACUCGGAUGUGAAUACUGUAUGUAAAUGAAAUAUUUCUGUAUUACAUUUUCAAUACAUUUGCAAAACUUUCUAAAAACAUGUUUUCACUUUGUCAUUAUGGGGUAUUGUGUGGAGAUGGGUGAGUAAUUUUUGGAUAUUUAAUCAAUUUUGAAUUCAGGCUGUAACACAACAAAAUGUGGAAUAAGUCAAGGGGUAGGAAUACUUUCUGAAGGCACUGUACAUACCCCUAAUAACUAGUGAGCCCUACAGAUGGUAAUGCAGUAGUUAGUGCUGUUUCUAAAGAACAGCCAGUGUAGCAGUAGAGCUCAGGUAAGAGAUGUCCUUCUGGGUAAAACCACCCUCCCACCAGGGGACUUCUCUCUCAUGUGGGCCUCAGAGCUGCUCACCCUCCUGGGUUAAUGAUCUGGCACACAGUCAGUCAGCUAAUUAGACAGAGAUCUCCAACUCAUAUACAUCCAUCCACCUAAAGGCCUGAGGACUAGUUUAGUUACUGCUGAUAGAGGAAAGUAAGUAUUAUAAUGAAGUACCAGCUGUCCUCAUGGUUUUGUUGUGGUUGGUUUUUACAACACUUUUGGAAUACAGUUGGCGUCUUGCUUGUGUAUUCUGUAUGUAUUGUGUGUUUAUCUAAUGGUCUGUGGGUCUGUGAGAGUGACAGUGCGUCUCAGCUGCUCAGGAGCCCUGUUAAUCUGCCCCAGUAAGAGUCCAUCAGCUGCUCCAGAGCCCUGUUAAUCUGCCCCAGUAAGAGUCCAUCAGCUGCUCCAGAGCCCUGUUAAUCUGCCCCAGUAAGAGUCCAUCAGCUGCUCCGGAGCCCUGUUAAUCUGCCCCAGUAAGAGUCCAUCAGCUGCUCCGGAGCCCUGUUAAUCUGCCCCAGUAAGAGUCCAUCAGCUGCUCCAGAGCCCUGUUAAUCUGCCCCAGUAAGAGUCCAUCAGCUGCUCCAGAGCCCUGUUAAUCUGCCCCAGUAAGAGUCCAUCAGCUGCUCCGGAGCCCUGUUAAUCUGCCCCAGUAAGAGUCCAUCAGCUGCUCUGGAGCCCUGUUAAUCUGCCCCAGUAAGAGUCCAUCAGCUGCUCCAGAGCCCUGUUAAUCUGCCCCAGUAAGAGUCCAUCAGCUGCUCCGGAGCCCUGUUAAUCUGCCCCAGUAAGAGUUCAGUUGAGACUCAUGGCCUGCCUGUGUUUCUCUCCCAGGCUCAGUGUAUCUUACUGAGAUUUAAUAUAGGCCCCUUUAAUGAUGGAGAAGCCCCCUGCCUCCUGUGGAGACUAGUGUCCUCUGGAGACGAGAGCAGACCUCACCCAGCAGGCCCCACAGACUCAGAAGAAAACCACUCCAACAUCUCAGACUAACAGAGUAGGUGUAGGAGAGGAGAGGAUGGUGUGACUGUGUAGCGCAGGAUAUAUGCUGUGUUAACUGGACCCAAUCCCCUCAUCCUCUCUCAGGGCCUCCUCCUAAACACUACCCCAAUACUGGAGCCAUGGGAAAUAUCCCUUCAGGGAAAUAUGGUUCUGUCUGAUGUAAAGAGGUGAUGGGAAAAGGUCUGUUGGCCAAACAAAGAAGCAAAGUUGUGGCAAAUGCUGCGUAUGUCAAGGUCUUUUAUUAUGAAGUGGUGAAUAGAUUUCUGUGGCAUCACUCGUCUCCAUCACACACAUAACAAACACACAUAGGAUAACAUCCCAUCAUGGUAGAGACAAAGGUUAUAGGGAGUCACAUUCACAUUCAGAUAGAGAAGCGAGGAAGAGUACAUUUUCCUUUAACAAGCCGCUUCAUAUUCAGCUAAGCCACAUGUGUUGAACCUGCAAGUAAGCAUUUUGUUGCACAGUGUAUACCAUGUGUAUCCUGUUCAUACGACUAAUAACAUUUGAUGUGUAUGUUGUAAAACAGACAAUCUCAAAUUGCUGCCAUGCUUCCUGAAGUGUAACUGUCUGCAAGGGAGGCAGUCUGCUUCUACUUCUUCUACACUGCUUGUCUUUCCUGGGCAGCACUGAGCUGUUUAAGCUAAAGCCAAGAGUGUUUAAAGAGGAACCUAUACCACGGGCCGUGGCACAGGAACCAGGCAUACAUGUGACUCAGGCUGAUAGAUACUACCCAUGGAGCUCUGCACACACGCUCCACACACGCACGCACACACACACACACCACACACACACACACCACCACCACACCACCACUCCAAACACUUCCUUCCCCUCAGAUGCAGGGUGACCUCUGACCUUGGGCCAGUUUCAAAGGCAGCAGCACUAACCCCCUCUCACUUCUCAGUAACAAUACUACCCCCUGACUGACUGACUCAGUGUGCAGUGUUGUUCAUCUUCCUGUUAGACAGACAUUAGGAGACAGGAUGAAUGAUCAAAUCAAAUCAAAUCCAAUUUUAUUUGCCACAUGCGCCGAAUACAACAGGUGUAGACAUUGCCGUGAAAUGCUUACUUACAGCCCUUAACCAACAAUGCAUUUAUGUUUUAAUAAAAAAGUAAAAUAAAACAACAACAACAAAAAAGUGUUGAGAAAAAAAGAGCAGAAGUAAAAUAAAAUAACAGUAGGGAGGCUAUAUAUACAGGGGGGUACCGGUGCAGAGUCAAUGUGCGGGGGCACCGGCUAGUUGAGGUAGUUGAGGUAAUAUGUACAUGUGGGUAGAGUUAAAGUGACUAUGCAUAUAUAAUUAACAGAGUAGCAGCAGCGUAAAAAGAUGGGCUGGGGGAAAUAGUCCGGGUAGCCAUGAUUAGCUGUUCAGGAGUCAAGAUUAUAUCUUGGGUUUGCCAUGCACUGCCUCACCCAUAGGAAUCCCUUCAAAGUAGGUGUGAUAACCUCAGACAAAUGCAGGUAAAGGACACAAGAGGAUAGUUACAGUAUGUGUCCAUGUUUGACCGAAAUAGGUGUUGUUAAACAGGACAUGGCUGCUUCCACCACCACCGUUCAGUUGUUACACAAUUACCGUUGGAAUUUGAAAACAAGCAGAGCCAGAACUCUCUCACUUUGGAAGGAUAAACCGUGGGAGGGGGCGAAAGUAGAGGAGUAUGUUAGCAGACCUUGAGAUGGUUUAAAUGAGUUGUAAAGCCCACCUCAUCCUGCCCACCCAUCUUACAGCAUCCCCAUUGUUCUCCUUUGUGUUUAUGUUUUGAGUCUUUCUGGAGAAUCAUCCUCUUGAAGGAGAUUACAUGCAGGUCCAUUAGGGGAGAGUUCCUGGUAUAAUGGUGCUUAUGCUAUUGUUCCCUGCAGGGAUGCUGCUGGGUUCCUGGAGCGCACCUUGGGUCGGGGGGAGGCAGAGGCUCUGGAGGUCCUGGAGUGUGUGUGGGGAGGCGUGGGGGGACAGCGGCCCCAAGGCUGGAAGGACUGUGUUGGGUGGGCCCGUCGCCAGUGGGAGACCCUCUACAACAACGACAUCGCACAGCUGCUGCACUGUUUCCCCUCUGACCAGGUAAGAGUAACACAACACACACUGGAAAACCAUUGGAAAACCAGGGGCAUAGCUCCUAAAUCCCCAAAGAGUUUUCUUUAACGUUGUUUAUGAAUAUGAACACUUGGUGGCACUAUUGUUCACACACCUUAUGCGUUCUUCAUAAGAUGAUAGUCAGAUACUGGUUAUAAGCCUGUCUUUUGAUCUCUGUUAAAUGUGACACCAGUGUGCUGAUACAUGAUCAAGACAUAUGCCAUAUGUAGUGGCAAGUUUAUAUACAGUGAAAUGUCCAAUCAUUGGAAAUGCUUCAACAUUUUCAGAUACCCAUUCUCAUUUUUACCUUGGAAGGCAUAAUCCAAGAAUAUAUAGCCCUAAACUGUUUUUUAAGCAUAUUGAACACACCAUGAACAUAUCUUGGGAUAGUUAGUAUUUGACAGCCCACUGAUAUGGUAUCCUCAAAAGUGUCUAUUGGGAUCCAUAUAAUAUCCUGAGGCAUAUAGACUACAGAGAGUGACAUCACAUUACAUGCUGUUACACCUGGGGGGUGUCUACCCAAACACUCCCCCUGUGAUCAUAUGGAUUAACCCUUUACAGGACACUGACAACUGGACCUGUCUGGCCUGGUCUGAUAACCCUAUCUCCCCUCUCUUGCUUGAUAUAAUAUGGGUCAAUAAAAAUUCCUCUGACCGAGACAACCGAUUCCAUUCCACUCAUAUCCUGUUUAAAGCCUUAUUGGUGGGAGGGUGGGUUCGUCUGGAAGAAAUGCAUAGCAUUUUUGCUCCAAGUCCCCUGAGAGAAGCCCUUUUGGUAUUGGACUCAUUUAGCAGGAAAAUGAGUCAUUGUUAAACAAUGGGCCAGGCCGUGCCUCAUGCUCUGAAGCACUCAAGUUUCUGGGCUACGGUUCUGUUGAGCGGCAGCAAUACAUCAUGUAAAAGAUUGUAAUGUAUCAAAACAGAGAGAAAAGAUCCCUUUGUGUGUUUGCAUUAAGUAAUGUAGUGUAGCUUAUUAUUCUGCAGUGGCACAAGCCUUAUGGGAGCAGGAUGUUUUAAAAAGGUGUCACGCCCUGACCUAUAGACUCUAGUUAGUUUGGGCAGGGUGUGAAUAUAUGUGUGGGUUUUUCUAUGUUUCUAUUUCUAUGUUUGGCCGGGUGUGAUUCCCAAUCAGAGGCAGCUGUCGCUCGUUGUCUCUGAUUGGGGAUCAUACUUAGGCAGCCAGUUCUCCUGCCUGUGUUGUGGGAUCUUGUUUGUGUUCGGUGAGUUUUGGCUUGUUUGUGUAUAGCCUUCCGACAUCAUGUUUCCUUUUGUUGUUUUGUAUGUUUAUUCAGUUCAAUAAACAUGUAUGCAUUUCAUGCUGUGCCUUUGUCUGACCCGUUCAUCAAUGACCGUGACAAAAGGACAGACAUUUGUUGUUGUUAUCAGUAACAUGUUGGGGUUUCUGUUUUUCUUCCUCUGUUCUCUCUCUGUUUUAAUAGGUCAUUAGUACAGUUAGCCUGGCUGUGGUUUCUGUAUCCUCCGAGAGAGUUGUUUCUAACCACAGUUGCUUUCUGGGGAAGUGUGAUAAGGCUACUGUCGGUUAACCUCCACAAAAUUUCAAUGAGUGAAAUACAGUGUCUAACUGCCUUACCAUUAGGCUGAAAUGUUUUUUGGGAAAAUAAAUGCAAAUCUAUUUUACAGGCAUACGUCUUAUUAACUUAACUGUUUCCCACCCCUUAGCCAACAGAAAAUGCCCUUAUGCAGAUUGAAUGGUAUUAAAGGUUGAGUAAGUAAGAAUGUUGUCAACAAAUGUACCAACAUCUCUAUUAUACUGUAUGUAAAUAGUUUAUGAUUAGUGAAUUACAUAAUGGAGUUAUUUUGUUAGAUACUUCUCCCUAUUCAUAGGUUGCACCUCCGUCACUCGGUCGCGUCAUGCCAUUGUUAUGAACGUUCUCGAGCCACCCUCUACCGGCUGUGCAAUAGUGGUGCCCUAAAGUCGUCAUAAGCCCAGUCAUUCUGGACGGAGGCUAGCGACUGUUUAUUCAAAAUUACAAUAUAAUGCCUGGAAAUACGAUGACAUUGCUAAAGUAUUCAAAUAUUUAGUAGGAAACAACUUUGCCUGCAUUACAGUUGAAGUUGGAAGUUUACAUACACCUUAGCCAAAUACAUUUCAACUCUGUUUUUCACAAUUCCUGACAUUUAAUCCUAGUAAAAAUUCCAUGUCUUAGGUCAGUUAGGAUCACCACUUUAUUUUAAGAAUGUGAAAUGUCAGAAUAAUAGGAGAGAGCUUUUAUUUCUUUCAUCACAUUCCCAGUGGGUCAGAAGUUUGCAUAUACUCAAUUAGUAUUUGGUAGCAUUGCCUUUAAAUUGUUUAACUUGGGUCAAACAUUUUGGGUAGCCUUCCACAAGCUUCCCACAAUAAGUUGGGUGAAUUUUGGCCCAUUCCUCCUGACAGAGCUGGUGUUACUGAGUCAGGUUUGUAGGCCUCCUUGCUCGCACGCGCUUUUUCAGUUCUGCCCACAGAUUUUCUAUAGGUUUGAGGUCAGGGCUUUGCAAUGGCCACUCCAAUACCUUGACUUUGAUGUCCUUAAGACAUUUUGCCACAACUUUGGAAGUAUGCUUGGGUUCAUUGUCCAUUUGGAAGACCCAUUUGCGACCAAGCUUUAACUUCCUGACUGAUGUCUUGAGAUGUUGCUUCAAUAUAUCCACAUCAUUUUACUUCCUCAUGAUGCCAUCUAUUUUGUGAAGUGCACCAGUCCCUCUUGCAGCAAAGCAUCCCCACAGCAUGAUGCUGCCACCCCCGUGCUUCACGGUUGGGAUGGUGUUCUUCGGCUUGCAAGCUACCCCCUUUUUCCUCCAAACAUAACGAUGGUCAUUAUGGCCAAACAGUUCUAUUUUUGUUUCAUCAGACCAGAGGACAUUUCUCCAAAAGGUACGAUCUUUGUCCCCAUGUGCAGUUGCAAACCGUAGUCUGGCUUUUUUAUGGCGGUUUUGGAGCAGUGGCUUCUUCCUUGUUGAGCGGCCUUUCAGGUUAUGUCGAUAUAGGACUUGUUUUACUGUGAAUAUAUAUACUUUUGUACCUGUUUCCUCCAGCAUCUUCACAAGGUCCUUUGCUGUUGUUCUGGGAUUGAUUUGCACUUUUCGCACCAAAGUACGUUAAUCUCUAGGAGACAGAACACGUCUCCUUCCUGAGCGGUAUGACGGCUGCGUGGUCCCAUGGUGUUUAUACUUGCGUACUAUUGUUUGUACAGAUGAACGUGAUACCUUCAGGCAUUUGGAAAUUGCUCCCAAGGAUGAACCAGACUUGUGGAGGUCUACAAAUUUCUUUCUGAGGUCUUGGCUGAUUUCUUUCGAUUUUCCCAUGAUGUCAAGCAAAGAGGCACUGAGUUUGAAGGUAGGCCUUGAAAUACAUCCACAGGUACACGUCCAAUUGACUCAAAUGAUGUCAAUUAACCUAUCAGAAGCUUCUAAAGCCAUGACAUCAUUUUCCAAGCUGUUUAAAGGCACGGUCAACUUAGUGUAUGUCAACUUCUGACCCACUGGAAUUGUGAUACAGUGAAUUAUAAAUUAAUUAAUCUGUCUGUAAACAAUUGUUGGAAAAAUUACUUGUGUCAUGCACAAAGUAGAUGUCCUAACCGACUUGCCAAAACUAUGGUUUGUUAACAAGACAUUUGUGGAGUGGUUGAAAAACGAGUUUUAAUGACUCCAACCUAAGUGUAUGUAAACUUCAGACUUCAACUGUAUUAUUUAGUAUAUGUAAAGACAAGAUUAAAUCAAGAAUAGUGUGAUGGGUGACAAUAUUAGCCUAUCACUUGUGAAGGAUAUAUUAUCACUUGUGAAUGAUGCCCAGCGUAAGGCAUGAAACAAUACUUUUUUUUGUUGUUGACUUUUUCAAAUCAUAGUUGCACACCUCAUGUAUGCCCACAGGCCUAUAUGUUUUGAUAAGGUUUGUAUCACAACAAAAGUGGCUAAAUAACUUAUUUAAAUUAAGCACAUUAAUCAGUUUUACAAGGGGUGUAGAGCCUAACUGGCAUACAUAAGCAAGUUUGGGGAAGAUAAUUUUCACCAUAAAAAUGCACCUUUAUAAUAAAAGCAUUACAUGCAUAAUCGUAUUUGUGGUCACUUUUGAUAAUGGUGUUUUACCGUUAAUGGAACAUUCCGCUUAUAACCUACUGCCAUGUCCGCAUUGCUGCGCUUAUAAUGUGAAGAAAUAGACUAAUAGUUUAUCAACAUUGCGUACAAAAGUUUUUGGGAUGCUAGUGGUUGUAUUAAUUUGGGAUCUAUCGUAUCCCAUGACUGUCCCAGACUAUGUUUGGAAUAUUUCUUUCUCGCACAGAAUAGAAUAGGUCAACUUUUGUACUAUGGGGGAUAGUAGAUUGACAUACUGUAGGCUAGUGCUUUUGCUGUUCAUUAGGCCUACUCAUCUUGUUGACUGACGAAAAGUAAAUGUGUACAGUUCUUCCAAUAUCUUCAAUAUGCACCUCGGAAUUGGAUAAGGACGCGCGCAGUUGCGUCCCCGAUGUGUCUGUCUUCACUUGUAAAAGACCAGAUCACGUGAUGGAGAGCCAUGUGAGUGAGAGGUGCUUCGGAGCACGCAGCACUCAGGGAGAAGGGAAUUAUAAUUAUUAUAUUUAGCCCAAGGGCACAACGGCCACUGGCCACAAAAUACAUGGAUUUUUUUAGGAGGCAUUAGGGCCACACAAAGUGGAUGCUGCCGUGAAAUUCGAGGCGUUAUCAAGUGCUUGUCAAAUUGUGAAUGAGACUGAUGAAGAGUGUACAGCCUGCGCAAAAAAACAAAGCAGAGCUCAUGCCUUUCAUCCUACUUUUUUCAAAUCAUCAUUAGUCGCAUAAUGCAGCCUUACAAUGUAUUAAAGAUCAAAACAUAUAGCCCAACGUUUAUAGAACAACUAAAGUUAAAUUAAUAACUCUAAAUUAAGCAUAUAGGAGUACCUGUUUCUUUUUUAACCGCUCAACACAGAAUAGCCGCAUGUGCGCACUCCCUCAAACCGUUCGGAGAAAAGAUCCUUUCUAUUUUAUUCAGCUUUGUUUAAUUGUAUUCUUCAUACUAUAAAAUACUAAGCAAAUCUUGUCUGCUAAAUUAACUAGUGUAGCCCACAGCCAUAUGGCAUAGCCAGAUCAGGAUCUAACAUAAAGUCACCUCAGAGUAUGGUAUUCUGUUCUUCUGAAAUAGUCUACAUUUUCUUCAUAUCAUGUUUCUUUAGACCUGUCUAAAAUAAAUAAUGGAUUUAUUGUGAAGGUGUAGGCUAAAUUACAUGGAUUUAUUAGACUUUUUUAAAUGUAGAUGUUCCAAAGGUCUGCAUCAGUGGCUUGUAGGCUAUGUGUGGAAGCCAGGAGAUGCUAAAUGUGUUUAUGUCAAUUACCGUGAGCACGGAAGUUAUUUGCUUGACAAUCACCGGCUGAUGAAAUUUUGUGACCACCACAUCCCUAGUUGGGACUAUUGGGACUGCUGGUAGACUGUUGGGACUGUUGGUAGACUGUUUGUAGACUGUUGGCAAUGUUGGUAGACUGUUUGGACUGUUGGUAGACUGUUGGCAAUGUUGGUAGACUGUUGGCAAUGUUGGUAGACUGUUUGGACUGUUGGUAGACUGUUGGGACUGUUGGUAGACUGUUGGCAAUGUUGGUAGACUGUUGGGACUGUUGGUAGACUGUUGGGACUUUUGGUAGACUGUUGGUAGACUGUUGGAAAUGUUGGUAGACUGUUGGCAAUGUUGGUAGACUGUUGGUAGACUGUUGGCAAUGUUGGUAGACUGUCGGUAGACUGUUGGGACUGUUGGUAGACUGUUGGCAAUGUUGGUAGAUGAUUUGGACUGUUGGUAGACUGUUGACAAUGUUGGUAGACUGUUGGUAGACUGUUGGCAAUGUUGGUAGACUGUUAGGACUGUUGGUAGACUGUUGGUAGACUGUUGGUAGACUGUUGGCAAUGUUGGAAGACUGUUGGUAGACUGUUGGUAGACUGUUGGUAAACUGUUGGGACUGUUGGUAGACUGUUGGCAAUGUUGGUAGACUGUUGGGACUGUUGGUAGACUGUUGAUAGACUGUUGUCAAUGUUGGUAGACUGUUGGGACUGUUGGUAGACUGUUGGCAAUGUUGGUAGACUGUUGGUAGACUGUUGGUAGACUGUUGGCAAUGUUGGUAGACUGUUGGGACUGUUGGUAGACUGUUGGUAGACUGUUGGGACUGUUGGUAGACUGUUGGCAAUGUUGGUAGACUGUUGGUAGGCUGUUGGUAGACUGUUACGACUGUUGAUAGACUGUUAGGACUGAUAGGACUGUUGGUAGACUGUUGGGACUGUUGGUAGACUGUUGGGACUGUUGUUAGACUGUUGGGACUGUUGUUAGACUGUUGGCAAUGUUGGUAGACUGUUGGCAAUGUUGGUAGACUGCUGGGACUGUUGGUAGACUGUUGGGACUGUUGGUAGACUGUUGGGACUGUUGGUAGACUGUUGGGACUGUUGGUAGACUGUUGGUAGACUGUUGGUAGACUGUUGGGACUGUUGGUAGGCUGUUGGUAGACUGUUAUGACUGUUGGGACUGUUGGUAGGCUGUUGGUCAACUGUUGGGACUGUUGGUAGGCUGUUGGUAGACUGUUGGGACUGUUGGGACUGUUGUUAGACUGUUGGUAGGCUGUUGGUAGACUGUUAGGACUGUUGGUAGACUGUUAUGACUGUUGGUAGACUGUUAGGACUGUUGGUAGACUGUUAUGACUGUUGGUAGACUGUUGGUAGACUGUUGGGACUGUUGGUAGACUGUUGGGACUGUUGGUAGACUGUUGGGACUGUUGGUAGACUGUUGGGACUGUUGGUAGACUGUUGGGACUGUUGGCUAGAUCAAAGCUCUCAGGCUCCUCUGUUCUUAUUUUAUCAGGACAACAAAUGUUGUGGUAAACACAACUCAUAACAACAUCAGUCUGUUUGUUUCGCUGUCUGCCUGCAUGGCCUCUGGGAAUGUGGUGUUGGCACGUCAGAUAAUGACCCAGGGAAAGUAUUAUAUUAAAAUGUGAUUGUCAUGCAUAUACCAAGCACAAGGACAAAUCCCAUGUACUCUGUGGUUAUGAAGAUAUCAUGUUUAUCAUAUUGCCGCGAAAAAACACCAUCCCAUGAUCAUCUAGGUGUGUCAUGUAUAUUUCCUAUGAAUUGGUGUGGACAGUCACAAGACUCUCUUUGCUUUGAAUACCUUCAUUGUAUUGAUGAUUUAUUGCUGUGAUUGAUUGAUGUCAUUUAGAAUUCACUCUUUGUCUGUCUCUUCUCAGUUGACGAGUUCGGGUCUGCCUUUCUGGUCUGGAGCAAAGAGAUGUCCCCAUCUCUUGACCUUUGACCCCAACAAUGUAAGUUUUACACAACCUACUGUAUUUUCCUCAGUCUCAGUCACACACAGUGUUCUGCAUUUGUCUCAUUUGCCUGUCGAACCGGUCAGCGGGAAUGAUUUGAAAUGUCAUUAUCUCAGCUGAUAAUGGGGCGGCAGGUAGCUUAGUGGUUAAGAGCGUUGUGCCAGUAACCGAAAGGUUGCUGGUUCUAAUCCCCGAGCAGACUAGGUGAAAAAUCUGUCGAUGUGCCCUUGAGCAAGGCACUUAACCUUAAUUGCUCCUGUAAGUCGCUCUGGAUAAGAGCGUCUGCUAAAUGACUAAAAUGUAAAUGUAAUGAUAACACACUCCUCACAUUCUCUCUGGUUGUAUAUUGGAUUGGUUCUUAUCUAACCUGUGAGAACCACUUACCUGCUGCUGCAGACAAAGCAAGGUGGAUAAAAUCUACCUCAUCACCACCUUUACGCACACAUAAACACAGACACACACACACACACACACACAAGCACAAGCACACACAAUGGAGCUAUAGAGGUGAAGAAUCUGUGACCAAGGGGUUCAAAUGUUGUUUGAGUGUGAACACGCCUCUCCUCUCUUAUCUUUUAUGCUACGUUCCUCUCCUCUCUUAUCUUUUAUGCUACGUUCCUCUCCUCUGUUAUCUUUUAUGCUACGUUCCUCUCCUCUCUUAUCUUUUAUGCUACGUUCCUCUCCUCUCUUAUCUUUUAUGCUACGUUCCUCUCCUCUCUUAUCUUUUAUGCUACGUUCCUCUCCUCUGUUAUCUUUUAUGCUACGUUCCUCUCCUCUCUUAACUCCGCUGCUCUCCCUCCUUCCUUUCUCCUCACCUUUCCGAUCCUCUCCUCCUGUCUUCUCCGUUCCUCCUCCUCUCACCUAAGUCUUUCUUCACCUAUGCUCUGUUUCUUUGUUCCCCUCCUCUCUGUUCUCUCCUCUCUGUUCUCUCCUCCCCGUUCCCCUCCUCUCUGUUCUCUCCUCCCCGUUCCCCUCCUCUCUGUUCUCUCCUCUCUGUUCACCUGCUCUCUGUUCUCUCCUCCCCGUUCCCCUCCUCUCUGUUCUCUCCUCUCUGUUCACCUGCUCUCUGUUCUCUCCUCUCUGUUCACCUGCUCUCUGUUCUCUCCUCUCUGUUCACCUGCUCUCUGUUCUCUCCUCUCUGUUCUCUCCUCUCUGUUAUAUCCUCUCUGUUCUCUCCUCUCUGUUCCCCUCAUCUCUGUUCCCCUCCAUCUCUGUUCUCUCCUCUCUGUUCUCUCCUCUCUGUUCUCUCCUCUCUGUUCUCUCCUCUCUGUUCUCUCCUCUCUGUUCUCUCCUCUCUGUUCCCCUCUUCUCUUUUCCUCUCUGUCCAUCUCUUGUUCCCUCUCUCUGUUCUCUUCCUCUUUCUCUCUCUCUGUCUCUCCUCCUCUCUGUUCUCUCCUCUCUGUUCCCCUCUUCUCUGUUCCCUUCAUCUCUGUUCCCCUCAUCUCUGUUCUCUCAUCUCUGUUCUCUCAUCUCUGUUCUCUCCUCUCUGUUCUCUCCUCUCUGUUCCCCUCUUCUCUGUUCUCUCCUCUCUGUUCCCAUCAUCUCUGUUCUCUCAUCUCUGUUCUCUCUCCUCUCUGUUCUCUCCUCUCUGUUCCCCUCAUCUCUGUUCUCUCCUCUCUGUUCUCUCCUCUCUGUUCCCCACAUCUCUGUUAUCUCCUCUCUGUUCUCUCCUCUCUGUUCUCUCAUCUCUGUUCUCUCCUCUCUGUUCUCUCCUCUCUGUUCCCCACAUCUCUGUUCUCUCCUCUCUGUUCUCUCCUCUCUGUUCUCUCCUCUCUGUUCCCCUCAUCUCCGUUCUCUCCUCUCUGUUCUCUCCUCUCUGUUCCCCUCCUCUCUCCUGGUGUGAGGGUUGUCACCUCACCUGUCCUUAGGUCUGGGCUUGCAGCUCUCACAGACAGACAAUAGGACAACAACAAUGGUAUUUAGGAAUGCCUCUUAUCAAGACUCAAUGAACACACUGACUGCUUCUAGAGCAUAGAGCCUAUUCAUGGCCUGUUGAAUGUCAUUUAAUAGCAGUUGUAAAUCAAUGGAACCACCCUAUGAAUCUUUUACAGUCCUCUGAUGUAUUCAAUGGUAAACAUUACUUUAAAAAAUCGACAUGAUGAAUCACAAGGGGGUUUGUUGGUCACCGAUGGGAGGUUUUAAACUGAUGUAAAUUGCGAUGGUUUUCUGACUUGUUUUCUGGCUUGACGGUGCAGGUAGCCUAGCGGUUAGAGGCAUGGGCCAGUAACCGAAAGGUUGCUGGUUCGAAUACCCGAGCUGACAAAGUGAAACAUCUGUUGAUGUGCCCUUGAGCAAGGCACUUAACCUUAAUUUGGUCCAGGGGCACCGUACUACAAUGGCUGACCUAGUAAAACAACACCUUUCACUGCAUCUGUCUGGUGUAUGUGACAAUAAAACAUAUUGAUAUUUUUUGGUUAAGUCCAGAGGGUUUUUUCCUUUGGUAACUACUGGGUGACUCUGCUGAUAGCUCAAACAGCCCAGUCAUCAUGUGGUGGCCAUAUUCCAUGAGCAGAGUUAGGGAGUAACUGAUUACAUUUAAGGGAAAAAACCCUCUGGACAUAACCAAAAAAUAUCAAUAUGUUUUAUCAGUUACAUGUAAUCCGAUAACAAAAAACUCUUAACUGUAAUCAGUUACGUUACCAGCAAAAAUAUUGUAAUCAGAUUACAGAUACUUUUGAAAAACUAGAUGAUUACUUCUUGGAUUACUUUAAAAUUCAGAGCAAUGUUUGCGAAAAAAUACAUUAUGACACCUUUCUGUUUAAGUUUGUUCCACCUGAGCAAGUCUGACCACAAGCCAGAGACCACUAUGAUGACACACCAAAUGCGUUUGAUGGAUCCUUUUUGUCUUCUUCUAAUGCCUCUUAAGGGGAAAGUAAUCCAAAAGUAACUGAAAGUAAUUAGAUUAUGUUACUUAGUUUGGGUAAUCCAAAAGUUACGUUACUGAUUACAAUUUUAGACAGGUAACUAGUAACUGUAACGGAUUACAUUUAGAAAGUAACCUACCCAACCUUAUCCAUGAGGAACAUCCUGUCAGAUAUUAACAUUUUCCACAGCUUUUGCUCCUCACGUGCAAAUGGUAGGAAGUGGUCUUUGUACCACCCCUAAUAUGACCAAAGUGGAUUUGUGGGUUUUGUUUGAGUUAGCAGCAUGUGUGUAAUGUAAUUAUUUAUUUUACCUCAGCGGGUCUGGUUCUGACUGUUGAGAUGUAGAGGUGGGGGGUCAUUAACAGUUUGUGUUAUCUUGUCAUGUAUUGUAGACCACCCAUAUGGACUAUGUGGUGGCAGCAGCCAACCUCUAUGGGCAGAUCUAUGGGAUUGUGGGUACACGAGACUGCUCUGCCAUCAGGAGCGUCCUAGAGAGGGUCCACAUACCUGCCUUCACCCCCAAGUCUACUGUCAAGAUCCAUCUCACUGACAAGGAGAUGGAGGAGGAGAGGGAGAGUGGAAAUUUGGGUGAGGAAACUGUCCAUUUAUCUACUGUAUGUUGUGUUAUAUGCCUGUUUCUCAGGCCUAUGUGUUUAUUUUCCAUUUGACCAGACACAGGCCGACUGGAGGAGUUGCAGAAGAAGCUGUCCUCUCCUCCAGUGAACAGCGCAGCCCUGCAGAUGCACCCCAUUGACUUUGAGAAGGUAAUAAGAGCCCAGCGCCAUGCUCGCCAUAUCUCCACUGGUAACACUGCAUAGUGUUAGGGACCACACAGAGGGCAGGGGGCCACGCUGAACUCUAUAUGGGGCAAAGAAAAUGCAGUUUCGUCUUUGGGUCCUCAAUGACCCUUGUCUGUUCUAGUCCCUAACAGGACACACACUGCGGUGGCUCAGUGUCUAAGGAAACAGGCCUGUCCUGUGUUCUGGGGCCUCUCUGUUGCACUGCUACUGCAAGGGGGAGUAUUUUAGAGAGCGCACAUCUUGUUAAAAACAACCUUCAGAACAGUGGUGAAUAAAUAGUCUGCAGUGACUAGGCCUGAGGACCUCUAGCACUGUUUGUGGGGCUGUAGGGAGUUUUGGUCACUGAGGAUCCCUGUCUACAGUGUCCCCCCCUAGCCCCCGCUCCCCAUCUCACAUGGUCUACCACCACCAUGUCACCCAGCCCUUUGAAGCGGCACACUCACACAGCCCAGGGGGCAAGAGUUCCUCCAUAACACUUCCAUUGUGCAGCCAGUCACUGUCAUGCAGAGGAACCUGAGCCUCCCUCUCUCUCCUUUCUUUCUUUCUGUCUUUCUUUCUCUCACUCCCACUCUCUCUCUUCUCUCUCACUCCCCCGCCUCAUCUAUCUAUCGUUAAAUGAGGUUUGGAGCUGUGUAGUGCAGAUGACUGAUUAGUGUGGCUGGCGAAGUGAGUAGGGUUGAUGAGGUAAGACAGGUAAGUAUCAGAUGUCACCUUGCCUUGGAUGUGACUAAGACCCUCCUCCUCGUCCACCUCCUCCUCCUCGUCGUCCACCUCCUCAUCCUCCUCGUCCACCUCCUCCUCCUCCUCGUCCACCUCCUUAUCCUCCUCAUCCUCCUCGUCCACCUCCUCAUCCUCCUCGUCCACCUCCUCCUCCUCCUCGUCCAACUCCUUAUCCUCCUCAUCCUCCUCGUCCACCUCCUCAUCCUCCUCGUCCACGUCCUCAUCCUCCUCGUCCACCUCCUCCUCAUCCACCUCGUCCACCUCCUCCUCCCCGUCCACCUCCUCAUCCUCCUCGUCCACCUCCUCAUCCUCCUCGUCCACCUCCUCAUCCUCCUCGUCCACCUCCUCAUCCUCCUCGUCUACCUCCUCCUCCUCCUCGUCCACCUCCUCAGCCUCCUCGUCCACCUCCUCCUCCUCCUCGUCCACCUCCUCCUCCUCCUCGUCCACAUCCUCAUCCUCCUCGUCCACCUCUUCAUCCUCCUCGUCCACCUCUUCAUCCUCCUCGUCCACCUCCUCAUCCUCCUCGUCCACCUCUUCCUCCUCGUCCACCUCCUAAUCCUCCUUGUCCACCUCCUCCUCCUCCACCUCGUCCUCCUAAUCCUCCUCGUCCACCUCCACCUCCUCCUCCACCUCCUCCUCCUCCUCCUCCUCGUCCACCUCCUCCUCCUCUCUACCUCAACCAACUGGCGAGGUCAUGCUACAGAUGCCUGGAAUGUGAGGAAACGGAUUCUGCAGAAUCGGGUUGCCAGGUGUGACUACCUCACGACCCCUCCAGCUGCCCCUGACUGACUGUCGCCCUCUCCAGCCUUUGUAGUGCUGGCUGAGGCAUGAGCUCAUAGACAGUGUCGCUCACAGGGGAAUCUGAUUUCCACUACAUCGCAGAGGGGUGAAUAAGUCAUGUACUCGUGUGAUUAAAGUGACACAGACACAAAGGCAGAGCUCAAAGCAGACGAACCACGGCAUGACAUCAUUGACUCAUUUGGCUUUAAUAUGGCUAACAGCGUUUAGACAGGGAUGUGCUGAGAAUCAGUUGUUCUUAUCUUCAUCUCACAGCUGUUGAUGUAAUAAUGUAUGUAACGUACAGUGCCUUGCAAAAGUAUUCAUCCCCCUUGCCGUUUUUCCUAUUUUGUUGCAUUACAACCUGUAAUUUAAAUGUAUUUUUAUUUGGAUUUCAUGUAAUGGACAUACACAAAAUAGUACAAAUUGGUGAAGUGAAAUGAAAAAAAUAACUUGUUUCAAAAAAUUCUAAAAAAUAAAUAACGGAAAAGUGGUGCGUGCAUAUGUAUUCACCCCCCUUUGCUAUGAAGCCCCUAAAUAAUAUCUGGUGCAACCAAUUACCUUCAGAAGUCACAUAAUUAGUUAAAUAAAGUCCACCUGUGUGCAAUCUAAGUGUCACAUGAUCUGUCACAUAAUCUCAGUAUAUAUACACACCUGUUCUGAAAGGCCCCAGAGUCUGCAACACUACUAAGCAAGCGGCACCAUGAAGACCAAGGAGCUCUCCAAACAGGUCAGGGACAAAGUUGUGGUGAAGUACAGAUCAGGGUUGGGUUCUAAAAAAAAUUAUCAGAAACUUUGAACAUCCCACGGAGCACCAUUAAAUCCAUUAUUAGAAAAUUGAAAGAAUAUGGCACCAUAACAAACCUGCCAAGAGAGGGCCGCCCACCAAAACUCACGGACCAGGCAAGGAUGGCAUUAAUCAGAGAGGCAACAAAGAGACCAAAGAUAACCCUGAAGGAGCUGCAAAGCUCCGCAGCGGAGAUUGAAGUAUCUGUCCAUAGGACCACUUUAAGCUGUACACUCCACAGAGCUGGGCUUUACGGAAGAGUGGCCAGAAAAAAGCCAUUGCUUAAAGAAAAAAAUAAGCAAACACAUUUGGUGUUCGCCAAAAGCCAUGUGGGAGACUCCCCAAACAUAUGGAAGAAGGUACUCUGGUCAGAUGAGUCUAAAAUUGAGCUUUUUGGCCAUCAAGGAAAACGCUAUGUCUGGCGCAAACCCAACACCUCUCAUCACCCCGAGAACACCAUCCCCACAGUGAAGCAUGGUGGUGGCAGCAUCAUGCUGUGGGGAUGUUUUUCAUCGGCAGGGACUGGGAAACUGGUCAGAAUUGAAGGAAUGAUGAUUGCCCCACUAAAUACAGGGAAAUUCUUGAGGGAAACCUGUUUCAGUCUUCCAGAGAUUUGAGACAGGGGCGGAGGUUCACCUUCCAGCAGGACAAUGACCCUAAGCAUACUGCUAAAGCAACACUCGAUUGGUUUAAGGGGAAACAUUUAAAUGUAUUGGAAUGGCCUAGUCAAAGCCCAGACCUCAAUCCAAUUGAGAAUCUGUGGUAUGACUUAAAGAUUGCUGUACACCAGCGGAACCCAUCCAACUUGAAGGAGCUGGAGCAGUUUUGCCUUGAAGAAUGGGCGAAAAUCCCAGUGGCUAGAUGUGCCAAGCUUAUAGAGACAUACCCCAAGAGCUUUGCAGCUGUAAUUGCUGCAAAAGGUGGCUCUACAUAGUAUUGACUUUGGGGGGGUGAAUAGUUAUGCACGCUCAAGUUUUCUGUUUUUUUGUCUUAUUUCUUGUUUGUUUCACAAUACAAAAAAAUGUAUUCAAGCAUCUUCAAAGUGGUAGGCAUGUUGUGUAAAUCAAAUGAUACAAACCCCCCAAAACAUCCAUUUUUAUUCCAGGUUGUAAGGCAACAAAAUAGGAAAAAUGCCAAGGGGGUGAAUACUUUCGCAAGCCACUGUAUGUCAGAAUGUAUCUCCAUUUGUCUCCUCUUCAGAAUGAUGUUCCUCCUGUGGCAGGUGUUCCCUGAAGGAUAAAACAUAACAGUGUAGGGGUCUUUGGAUAUUAAGGGUUCAUUAAUUGAUGUAUUAUAAAGAUGAUGAAUUGUAUUUACAGGAUGAUGAUAAUAACUUCCACAUGGACUACAUAGUGGCUGCCUCUAACUUGAGGGCAGAGAACUACGACAUCCCAACAGCUGAUCGUCACAAGGUUAGAAUCCUCGUUGUUUUGUCGUGUCACAGCGACACAACAGAGAGAGACAGAGAGUGACAGAGAGUGACAGAGAGUGACAGAGAGUGACAGAGAGAGACAGAGAGAGACAGAGAGAGACAGAGCGGGACAGAGAGGGACAGAGAGGGACAGAGAGAAACAGAGAGAGAGACAGAGAGAGACAGAUAGUGACAGAAAGUGACAGAGACAGAAAGUGACAGAGACAGAGAGAGACAGAGAGAGACAGAAAGAGCGAUCCUAUGAGACUUCUCAGAGAUUUCCCUGUAUCUCAAAAGAUCACAUGCAUUUCCAGGCAGUUAGCGGCAACCCGCUCCACCCCCUCACAUACGCACGCAUGCACACACACACAUUUGUUUUGAUAUCCUUGUGGGGACCAAAAAAUUGAUUCCCAAUAAAAAUCCUAUUUUCCCUAACCCCUAACUCUAACCCUAACUCCUAACCCUAAUUCUAACCCUAACCCUAAACCUAACCCCUAAGCCUAAAAUAGCCUUUUUCCGUGUGGGGACCGGCGAAAUGUCCCCGCUAUAUCCCCCCCACAUUUCCUUGUUUUACUAUCCUUGUGAGGACUUCUGGUCCCCACAAGGAUAGUAAAACCAAGCACACACACACACUCUCUUUUAACUGGAGCUUCUUUUUGCCCUCAUCCACAGAGUAAGCUGAUCGCGGGGCGCAUCAUCCCGGCUAUAGCCACGACCACGGCUGCGGUGGCAGGUCUGAUGUGUGUGGAGCUGUACAAGCUGGUCCAGGGCCACAGGAAGAUCAGCUCCUACCGCUCAGGCUACAUCAACCUGGCUGUCCAGUACUGUGUCCUGUCAGAGCCCCUCGGGCCACAGCGCUUCAUGGUGAGUGACCGGUCAGCACAGAAACCCAUGGUGUAA